AUGUGGAAAGACGUAAGGGACGUGUUUGCCCCCAUAGCGUUCGAGGUGGCCUACAGUCUGGGGAAGCAUGUGCUGGAGGGGGAGGGGGGCACAGACCGAGACCUCCCCGCCCUCACCCCCGUACUGCGCUGGAAAAAGGGAGACAAGAUCGCCACUCGCAAUGAGACUUGGUUUGAGAAGAACUGUCUGUCGGAGGACUGCGCAGCCGACCUGAGGCUCCAUGGGAAACUACUGCUGUCUGGGGUCCAUGUGCGUCCUCACCUGGCGUUGGGCGGUGUGCGUAACGUGUCUCUCAACCUGACCAUCUCCAACGCCGGAGACGACGCCUACGACACCAACAUCUUCCUCAACUUCUCCAGAGAGGUGCACUACAUCAACUUCUGGCAGAGGGAAGAGAAGGGCAUUUCCUGUGGACUUGUUGAACUGGACUUCCUCAAGUGCAGCGUGGGAUUUCCCUUCAUGCGCGCACACACCAAGUAUCACCUUGCAGUGCUAUUUGACACGAGCCAUCUCUCGGGGGAGAACGAGACCUUGCAGUUUUUAGUCCACACACGGAGUGCAAAUCCAGAGCAUUUGACAGCUGACAACUUCCUGGAGAUCUCGAUCCCGCUGGUGCACGAGGUGGACACCACCAUUACCGGGCUGGUGGAGCCGACAUCGUUUGCGUAUGGAAACUCCAUCGAGGCCUCGCGCUUCACCCAGCUGGAGGACAUGGAGUGCAACUUCCAGCCUAUAAACCUCACCUUCCAGGUUGUGAACAACGGUCCGAGUAGACUACCUGGAUCCAUCGUCGACAUCAGGAUCCCUAACCGCCUGGUGGCCAGCGGGGCUGACAUGUUCCACAUACUGGAUACACAGGUGGCGGAGGGAAGGGGAAACUGCACCCCCCACAGGAACCCCACCCCCUGCACCAUCCCCCAAGACCGAGAGAACAUCUUCCACACCAUCUUCGCCUUCUUCACCAAGUCAGGACGCCGAGUACUGGACUGUGACAGACCGGGGCGAGCAUGUCUAGUGAUCUCGUGCACUCUGGGAUCCCAGCCCAAGGAGGAGGCCAUUAGCAUAGACGUGCGAAUGCUACUGAACACAGAGAUCCUCAAGAGGGACAGCUCCUCGAUGAUCCAGUUUGUGACGAGGGGGAACGUGCGGGUGGACGAGAGGGCCAUGGAGAUACCUCACGGGCAAUCAGAGGAGAUCACGUUGGUGUUUGAGGCCCUCCACAGUCAGGAGCCGCGGGGCUACGUGGUGGGCUGGAUCAUAGCCAUUAGUCUACUGGUCGGCAUCCUCAUCUUCCUCCUGCUCGCCGUGCUACUGUGGAAGAUGGGCUUCUUCCGUCGGCGCUACCGUGAGAUCAUUGAGGCAGAGAAGAGCAGGAAGGACAGUGACGAGAGCUGGGACUGGGUGCAGAAGAGCCAGUGAUAGGCUGAUUGGCACCGGGGGCGGGAGGACGACACCGGGAGCCAAUGAGCUCGAGCAUUGGAGCCGAAUGGACCAAUGAGCUGCUGCCCUGGGCCUUGGCCUUGGCCACCCAGUCUUCCAUAUGUGGAAGAGAUGAAUAUUUCUCCAAAUUUUUCGGAGGUCUGACACUUUUUGUUGUUUUUACUUAGCUUAGGAGGAGCCACCCACUGGGACGUGUUAAGCAGAGGCGGACAAACUGGACUGAGAAAGUUAAAGGUUCUGCCACGCAUAUCAUUUUAGCUGUGCUUUCAGCAGUCAUCUGGUCUGGGCCAUAUGUGACCUUCUGCUCACAUGGCAUUUCCAGUGGCGAUCCUACAAUGAUUUGCGCCCAUGCAAUACCCCCUCCAGCGACCCGCUCCGUGGCCCUGCCCUAUCGAGACAAAAAAGCCAAAAUGAGGAAAAGGCGAUUAUAUUGUAAUUCUGACAUAAAAAUAUAGAACAACCAGGCUAUCGCAGUACCAGUGAUAAUUCCUUCAUCUAGCCCAGAUCAGCUGGAUGAGCAGAUCGGUUGGAGCAACGUACAUGUAUGUGGCGGGACUUUUAUACUUUCUAAACACAGGAUGUCUGCCUCUGAACGUGAGGUGCUUCUAGGAUGUUCCUGUUCAACGUGUGAAGUUGGAUGUGCACCCCGAAACCCCACCCCACCUCCUCCCUCAUCCAUCCCUCUAACCAUCCCUCCAUCUAUCCUUCCCUCUCUCCCAAGUGGGCGAGCUUUCCAUCCACCCAUCCAUCCCUCCAGCAACCCUCUCUCCCAAAUGGACUAGCUUCCUUUCCAAUGCCAAAGGGAUUGAACAGACAAGGGACUUAGAGUUUUGAAUGAAGAGACAGUGGCGUCCUCGAUCAGCUGUGGAUAUCACAUACACAAAGUUAUCGGCAUACAUGAAGAAGAGGAUGAGCGAGAAACCCUCAGGGCGCUGUGUCAUAGCAAAGUCUAUUUUUUAUACAUGUAGUCCAUGUUGUAAAGAGAAGAGAAGAACUCCUGGGAGUGGCUUGGGUUGUUUUCAAGUCCUCAGGAGGAAUAUUCUGUGUUUGUUUUUGUUUUUUUAUUGAUUAUGAGCACUGAUGACUGUUGUAUACCAAAGAGUUGAUGCUAUUCCUUUUUUGUUUUUGUUUUUGUUUGUUUGUUUUUUUUAAAUGCUACUAUAAUGCAGUGCUAGAGUGAACACUUUUGAAGGAUGAGGAUGAUGUAUACACUAUUCAGUAUUGCUCCCCCACUCACUACCCUACACAGUAAAUUCUGCAGUGCUCAUUUAACACUUAGAGAGUUGAUUUGAGUCCAUUUGGACUUAAAUGAACUCUGUAAGUGUUGAAUUAACACCACAACAUUUACUGUGUACCCUAGCCAAGCCCAAGACUUCAAUGAUUUGAGUUCUAGAUGUGUACACCCUUUGAUUGUAGAGUCCGAACCACCUGGACUGACAAAUGACCAUGACACAGGACAGUAAAACAACGUCUGAAAAAGAAUAGAUCACAUGAAAAGGCAAUGAAACCAGGAGUGUUGUCUUUAAAGACUUUUGAGCUGUGGAAAGGAAGAACCACAUCAGUAUUCCGGUAGCACAAUAGCAGUACGAUCUGCUGGUCUCCUCCAUAUGUUUUUACUGUGUUGAAGUCUGGAAGCGCUGCAUGCGUUUCAGCCGCUCUGCCAAGUCCUGGGUCGAACGGUGGUCAGAGAGAGGGAGACUGGCUGCCGUGGUUUAAGUUCACUGGGUGUGCAGCACAGCACGCUGAUUAAAAGCAGCACAAACACAACACUUAUUGCUGGGAUGAAUACAUUGUGCAUUUCAUUGUUGUUUUUUUGCUGUGCCUUAACACCCAUGGAAUAAAUAUUGAAACACCCGCACAGAUCCAAAUCUGAUCAAUGCAACGCACCAAACGUUGUGCCAAACUCAAAACUCUUUCACAAUCUCUCAUCGAUCUCUUUAUUGACGUUCUCUGUCAUUAUUCCUCUGAAUGAACUUGGCUUUAACGGUUAGAAAUUGAACUUUAAACAAGCUGAUGGUAUCAAACAGCAGCAGUGCGGCCUCAGUAAUAGCCGUGGAGCCGCGAUCUGUAUCAAGACAGGGCAGGAAUGCACAGAGGCCUGCAUAGUACUGUGCACAGCAAGAGGAGCUCAAUGCUGUUUGGAGAAGAUGAUGGAUAUGUCUGAAUUGAACUCAAAACAGCUAGGUCAGUUAGACCAAUGGUUCCUGUUGUUUGCAUGGGUAAAGGGGAGUGAGGACGGUGUGUGUGUGUGUGUGUGUGUGUGUGUGUGUGUGUGUGUGUG